AUGUUUUUUAAUCUUAUAUUUCGUGUUGGUGACCAGACUGGCAUCAACAGAAUCUUUCAAGAUGAAUUCUUUGAUUUCUGUCUAAAAGGUAGAAAAUGUGAAGAUGGAACUAUUGAUAAAAAGUAUCCAAUGGUAGAGUUAGAUAACGACAACUAUUAUUAUAGAACCGAUAAAAAUGUUGAAUUUUCAGAUGGUGUGUUGAUUAUUCAGGGAGAUAUGACAAAUGAUUCUGGUACUAAAUAUACAACUGAUAGAGCUGAAGAGUUGAAAAAGAAAUUGAAAAUUGUGAAUAUGUUCGCAAUGAGGAAAAGUAAUUUAUUAGGAGCAGAUCACCAAGUAAAAAUGGUUUGCAAAAAGUUUUUGAAUAAUAUUUAUGAUGAAAUUCUUCAAAAUAAUGGAUUUCUGGUUUAUGAUUCAAUCAGAAAGUUUUAUACUCUCGGUCUGGAAGGUUCUUUUUUGUAUUUUACUGCACAGGAAAUUUUUCAAAAAAUGCGUGAGAAAUGUUCCAAUGUUAAAAUGGUCCUUUUAAAGGAAAAGAGCGAAUUAAUUAAAAUUCUACCAAUAAUAAGAUCUGACGAGUGUCUGUUAAUUUCUACUAAAGUGAACAGAGUUAAUAUGUUUGAACACAAUCAUUUAUUUGAAAGGUUUAAAGUUAAAUUAGAAAUUGAGAAGCCUGUGAGAAUGUCUGAAUUAAAAUUUUGUACAGAAGUUUUAGAAUCAUGUCUCAAUAUAUUGGCAGAUAUUGAUGGCUCUUAUACUAAUUCAGCAUCAAUAUCAUCAAAACAUAAUAAACUCCAAAAUUCUCAAGUAUUUGCAAAUAGAACCAGACUAGACUUUACCAUGCAAAAUUAUUCAGAUUAUGAGAUUUUUACUUUAGAGAUUGCCGGAAGCCUAACAAACAAGAUUCAGAAAAAGAUCAAGAAUGAUUUUGCCAAAUUAAGUAAACAAAUACAAAAUAAUAUAAACUAUAUUGUUAGUCAAAAGAAAAGAAAAGGGCAUUCAAUACCUAAAAAUUUUCAAAUCUUUGGAGCAUCAACAGAAGGAUUUGAUAUUGUGAUUAAAAGGAUAAUAUCUGUUGAUCGAUAUAUUAUUUUACAAGAAUUCUUCAUAAUUGAAGUUCCAUCUAGUAUUACUGAUUACUAUAAGCUUAAAAAUUUGAUUAGAGAAGUAAUUGCUUUAUCAACCCUUAUUGAUCAAGGUCUGAAAGUUCUAAAAGAUAAUGUUAAAUAA